AAUUUGUACGUAGUGUGUUCAAAAAAUAUAUAUACUGUGCUUCUUUCUCUUAUCUAAAAUCCCCGUAGUCUGUUUAACGGUUUAGUAUUUAACAACCAUUUGUUUAUGAUAUGACCUUUAGUGAGAGAAUCAUCGUUGGUAAAGAAAAACGUCGUACUCAGUUUUAUGCGUGGAGUGUAGGCCUUAUAGCGGGAAGCUGGAAUUGUUGUUGCUUUACUUUUUUAUAUAGGUUUUAUAUAGUUAUGUCAUAAUGGUACGGGAAGAUAUUCACAGUUUAAUUCAUUGUAACUUUCAACAGUUGCAUUUCUUACAUCCAAUACCAUUCACAUUUAAGGAGGGAAUGUUCAAAGUUCCCAAUGUAAAGGGAUUUCAGGAUUCCAUGCACUAUUUGUUAUCUAUUGUUGACCCUGUGAAAUGUGCAAUGAUGAUCCCGUGGCCGUUGCUUGAUAAGAAAGGAGAAUCACAAUUUCGCAUCACAGUGAAAACACUUCUGAUGGAAAUAAAUGGAGCUUAUCCAGAAGCUAAUUUACCCAAAAUAUUUCUGUCAUUUUUUAUGAAUCCUGGUGGUGAGAAGUUUGCAAAUUUUAUGUGGAAACUGACAAAAUUUGUACUUUUCCGGAGUCUUUGUCAGACAUAUGGUACGUCAGAUGUGUUAUUUCCACCCAGAACAUUCAGCAAUGAUUCCUUGGCCAGUGCAAAGCUUAGUCUUGUCCAGGCAAUGACAGAAUGUACUACACAGAAGGCAAUUGCAAAUCAAUUGAAAAUUGACUCUUUAAUGUCACAGGAAUGUGAAAGGCAGUGCAGUAUACAACUAAGUGAACUGGAAGCCAGAGUAAAAACUUAUGACAAUCUGUUGAAGGAAUUGGUAGAGGAGUUAGCUGUUUCCACAGAAAUGAAAGAGAAACUCUCCUGCAACUUUUAUGACAGCAGUGUUAUUGCAGAGUGGGUUGCAGAUGUGGAAGUUGAAGGCCGUGUGAUUGAAGCUAUUAUACAUGUUUUGAAGAAGACUGGAAUUAAUGUAACAAACUUACUUGAUACCAUCAGACUAGCUGAAAACAAUGAUGCAUCUCAACUUUGCCUUGAUGCUAAUGGGUUUAACAUCCAUACUGCAAGCAGAAAGAGUAUGGAUAAUGAUUUGAAGGAAAUCAUGAAGGAGAUGCAAGAUGGAAAAUUGAGUGUGUCAGAAUUUAUCCAUUCGUUAAUUGGAUUGCAAGCUUCACUGAUUGAUUAUAUUGAUGGCAAGGGGUUGAAAAACAUGACCAUGGUGUUACCUGAAUUGCAUAGUGUUAAAUCUGAAUUUCAAGAACAUGAAGUAUUAUUCAAUGCUGUUGAAACCAAGCUGCAAGAGACAUUAAACGAAGUCCAAAACAAUUAUGAAGCACUUUGUAAAGAAUUUAGGACUCUGAAAUCCAAACCCACAGCAGCAGUAGAAAUGUCAUCUUCCAUUAUUUCUUCAGAAACUGCUAGUACCAGUACUGAUGAUGUAUAUAUAACACAUCAAACACCAGUUCGUGGUGUUAAUAGAAGUUUGUGUGUCAAACAGACUGAGAAUGAAGCUGUUGUCAACAUAAAACUUGAUCCUCAACUUCUACAAACACCAGAGUUGGAGAGAAAAUUGAACAGCCCACUGCAUGUGGCUAACAAAUCAAGGACCAGAAAGGAAUAUGAAACCCCAGCACGCAAAAGUAUAUAUGUAUUACCUGCAACAACAAGCAAGACGUCAUGUGCCACUGAUUUACGUUCUCUUACUAGUUCACUUAUGAAGAAGAAAAAAUCUGUAGAAAUAACACAGCAGUUCCAGUCUGUGUCAAGACCAUAUAUGAGUCAUGAUGCUAGAAGUACAUCAUCUGUCAGCAAGGAAUUGUUUGAGGAGUCUACAAAAGAAGCAGGGGAGAAGUUUUCUCACAUUCCUGCGAGUUCAUAUGAUAAUGAAUCUUCAACACAUUUUCUUGUAGAUGACUCUUUAGAUGAUAUAAUUGAAAGUGACCAUUUUCUUGCUGUAUCUGAAAGUGAUGUGACAUCAUCUCCAGCAUCAUUGCUUUGUUCCCCACCACUCAUAGAAACAGAGGAAGGUACAAGCAGGAAAGAAAAUCGACGGAAGUCACUGGAUGUUUUCAUUCAGCGUUAUCUCAAAUUUCGACAUAAUGCAGAACUUACAUGAGAUUUAAGAUGCUCAUUUAUUAUUAACAGUUGUGUGCUGAAUUGUAUUGAUUAAAACAAGAGACUUGUUCUUUCUGUUAUAAAAUAAAUGUUUUAUGCUGGUAAACUUUAUAAAAGAAGUUCCUUUAUAACAUUAUUCAGUGGUACACUUCAGUUACUGGAUGUUCUUUAUGUGAAAUAGAAAGGUAAACACCUUGUGUGUAUGUAGGCUAGUAGUAUGAGUAGCAGUAAUAUUUAACAGUUUUUUAUGAAUGCUUAUAUUAAGAUCUAAAACAGAAUGUUACUCCAGAGAGAUGCUUUUGGAUCAUUUUAAGCUAAUAUUUUGGAUAGAAGUUAUAGAAUUGAAGAAGAAAUAUUGUAUUCUGUAUAUUUUUGAAGCAGUAAUUAUUUUUUUAUUAUAUGAAUGUAUCUUCAAAAAUAUCUAAUGUAAAAGUACUUUUCCUCUGUCUUGAGAAAAGGAAAGUGGCCAAAAUAACAGUGAUGAAAUACAUUUGUCAGUUGUUGAAGGGCUGUAAAUACAGAUACCACUUAUUUAUGCUUGUUUAGUUGAUAGUCAAUCAGGUGGUUAAGAAUGUCCUAUUAUGAAAUCCAUAGAAACAUCACACAUGUUCACAGCAGUCAACAGUUGGACAUUAUGCUGAAUCAGUUUUAUCUCUUUUACUUUCACAGCCUGUUUUUAUAAAACCCUUUAUACUUUUACUUCGUCGAAAGUGGUUUCCUUGAUUGCGGUUUUCCAACCAAAGUUCUGUAUGCAGUUCUUGUUUCCCCCAAGUAUACCACAUGUUUGAUUCAUUUAGCAUUGAUGAAAUGCCUUAAUAAUAAAUUAAUUUUAAAAUCUGUUAA